AUGUCCAUUUCAUGAAAGUCAAAAGGCCCUCUAUUUGUGUUACGUGCUCGUCUCUUCUUCCCAUUACUUCCCUUCCUAACAAAAACUUUGCAAGAUCAUCCGAGACCACAAUAUAACCGGCUACCGCCCACCGGCCACCAUUAAAAAUCUUCGAGACGCAACGAGUUGGAUUAACAACAGUGAUGACCACCGUAGUAGUGGCAGUGAAUAUCGGCGGCAAUGGCCGUGGCAACGGAAGCAAACGGGCAGUAAGAUGGGCCGUGGAGAAUUUAUUGCUUCAAGCUCAUCACGUUUUGCUAGUUCAUGUCAUGCCCAUCAUCACCCACAUUCCUACUCCUUCUGGAAAUAGUAUACCAAUUGCACAAUUAGACACAAAAGUUGUAGCCAAGUACAUGGAAGAUGUUAGAGAAAAAGCUCAAGCAAUCUUCAUACAAUAUAAGAGGCUUUAUAGACCAGGCGAGUUGGAAUUCGAGACCUUGCUGCUUGAGGGUGAAAACAUUGCCGCUGGACUUGUAGACUAUGUAAGAAAAUCAAAUGUUAGAAGCUUAGUUUUGGGAUCUGAAUCACUUAAUCGCAUUUGGAGGAAGAUAAAAGGACAUGGCAUACCACAAUUAGUGUUAAAAACUGCACCAGAUACUUGUGAUAUAUUUGUUGUAUCUAAACGAAGAGUAAAGACCAAACUCGCUACUUCAAUGACCUCAAAUGCUACACCCUUCAUUGACAUACAAAACACAUCAAGAGAAAAUGAUAGUAAUAGACUACCCAUAGUAGUGACGACAGGCCAGACUCCCCUACACUCUUCCUCUUCUGUUGAAGGUUGUAAUAGUGCUGUAGCCUCACCCUUGUCAGAUCAUCUUCAGUAUAAUAAAUCAGAUUUUAAUUCUAAUGCACAAGAAGGCUCCGAUAACUUCGAUGAUUUUCAUGGUCGAAACAUUACUAGUCAUUCGUCUAUGGCGUCUACUUACACUGAUGUGUCUUCAGGAGCUCCUAUAUCUAUACCUGAUUCUCAUAUGUCCUACCAAGAGUUUGAUCUGCAUAACGAGGUUGAACAACUGCGACUUGAGCUACAAACUACACUUGCUUUGUAUAAUCGAGCUUGUGAAGAUCUAAUCCAUACACAGAAGAAGGUACGAAUACUUUCCUCAGAAUGUGUUGUGGAAGCAGAAAAGAUUGAUGCUGCAACAGGACGGGAAGAAACUCUAAGGAAAAUUGCAGAGUUUGAAAAGUUGAAGCACAUGAAAGCUGUAGAAGAUGCCCAAGCAGCUAAACAUAUACUUGCCAAAGAAUCUCAUGAAAGGCAGAUAGCAGAACUUAAUGCUUUAAAAGAGUUCAAGGAAAGACAAAAAGUUGUUGAUGCGCUCAUCUCUAACGAAAGGAGGAUUAGAAGGUACACACCAGAUGAGGUUAGAGUCGCUACUGAUGAGUUUUCGGAGAAAAACAUAAUCGGUGAAGGUGGUUAUGGUAAAGUUUAUAGAGGUAAUCUUGAUCAUACACAUGUUGCAAUCAAGGUGCUUGAGCAUGACGCGACUGAAAAGAAGGAAGAGUUUCUUAGGGAGAUUAGAAUCUUGAGCCAGUUAUGCCAUCCAAAUAUUGUUUUACUACUUGGAGUAUGCACAGAAAUGGGUUGUCUUGUGUACGAGUACAUGGAAAACGGAAGCUUGGAACAACAUAUAUUCUGCCAUAAUGGAAGAGAACCUCUUCCAUGGUUUGCAAGGUUUCGUAUAGCCUUUGAAAUUGCUCGUGGCCUUGCAUUCUUACACCGCAGAGAACCCGAACCAGUUGUGCAUCGUGAUCUUAAACCCGGGAAUAUCUUGUUAGGAAGAAACUAUGUAACAAAAAUCAGUGAUGUCGGGUUAGCAAAACUAAUUUCUGAUAACAUUCCUGAUUCAGUUACCAUGUUUGGAAACUCUUUGCUCGCGGGAACUUUGUAUUAUAUAGACCCUGAGUAUCAAAGAACUGGUACCGUCAGACCAAAAUCAGACCUGUAUUCAUUUGGGAUAAUAAUACUUCAGUUAUUGACAGCUCGAAGUCCAAAUGGGCUUUUAUUAGUCAUGGAGAACGCAAUUGCCAGCGGAUCCUUGCCAUAUAUACUCGACGAUUCCAUCAAUGACUGGCCGCUUGCUGAGGUAGAGGAGUUGACGAAGCUUGCAUUAGAAUGUUGUAAACUCAGAUGCAGAGAUAGACCAGACCUUGAGACAGGAGUUCUACCCAUUUUGAAAAAACUUGCUGAUGUUGCUGAUGUUAGUAUGAAAGUCGAACGAAGCAGCAUUUUUGCACCGAGUCACUACUUCUGCCCUAUUCUACAUGAAGUCAUGGACGAUCCACAUGUCGCAGCAGAUGGUUUUACAUAUGAACGUAGAGCCAUAGAAGCAUGGCUCGAAAGGCAUGAUGUAUCACCAGUCACAAACAAAAAAUUGACCCAUUUUAAUCUUACACCCAAUUUUACCUUGCUUACUGCCAUACAGGAGUGGAAAUCUCGUUUAGCUGCUAAACAUUCCUGAAAGUGAUUUUACCAGAAACUGUAUAUUUGUGCACAAAAUUGAUAUUCAUUUUACUGAUUUUCUUGUUGCUUCUUACGUUUAUACGAGCAAACGAGAUUUCAUUUAAAUAUCAUAACUCCUUUGAAUGACGAUU